UACUACAAUGCGAGUUUGGCAAGUUUUGAAACGCGCGAAGAUUUUGAACAAUUCAAAAGUCAUGUGCUUCACAGUCAACUCUCCGUAUCAAGUGCUAUAAUCGGCCUGAUUCGACAGCAGCGAGGUUCCUUCUCAUGGAAGGACUCAUCACCGGUAACAUUCCUGAACUGGGCCGAAGGCGAACCAGCUGUAACAAAAGGUCGUCUUAUUCAAGAAUGCGUACAGAUGAAGCUUGGAGGUAAUUAUACCUGGCAGACAGUGACGUGCUGGCAAGCUCGGCAUUUUGUGUGCUCUAUUCCGGUGGUUGAUGCAAGCGAUGAACCGCAAAGUAAGCCAACUGACCAGAUAUUUAAAAAAGUUAAAUUUCUCUUCUCAUGA